AUAGUCUAUGGUUUUGUAGUAUUUGGGCAUUUCACAAGUCAUCAAACAAGAAUAAUUUUAAACAAAAACAAGGAUUAUUUAAAAAAUGGCAAGGGCCAGUAGUGCUGGGUUUGACAGGCAUAUCACCAUCUUUUCUCCCGAAGGGCGUCUUUAUCAAGUCGAAUAUGCAUUUAAGGCAAUUAAUCAAGGAGGUCUCACCUCCGUUGCUGUGAAGGGAGUUGAUACUGCCGUUGUGGCCACACAAAAGAAAAUUCCGGAUAAGUUACUCGAUGCACAAAGUGUAACGCACUUGUUUCAAAUUACUGAAUACAUCGGCUGCUUGAUGACUGGAAUGAUCGCGGACAGUAAAUCUCAAGUUCAACGUGCCCGUUAUGAAGCUGCCAACUUCAAGUACAAGAACGACUAUGAAAUGCCAAUCGAUUGCUUGUGUCGACGUGUAGCUGAUAUUAGUCAAGUUUAUACGCAGAAUGCAGAAAUGCGUCCCCUUGGAUGUUCUAUGAUUUUGAUAGCCUAUGACGAGGAGAAGGGACCCUGCAUCUAUAAAGCAGACCCCGCUGGCUACUUUUGCGGGUAUAGAGCAGUGUCCGCUGGUUCUAAGCAAACAGAAGCCAAUUCUUAUCUCGAGAAGAAGUUGAAGAAGAAGCAAAACUAUGAUUAUGAUGAAACUAUCCAGUUAGCAAUCACUUGUCUCUCUACAGUUUUGUCUGUGGAUUUUAAGCCAUCCGAAAUUGAAGUUGGCGUUGUUACAAAGGAUAAACCGAAAUUCCAUGUUCUUUCUGAGACCGAAAUUGACAAACAUUUAACUGCCAUUGCUGAAAAGGAUUAAGUUUGGGUAUUUGUACUUUUUUUAAAUAUACGUUAUUCCUAAUAAAUCCUAAUUUUAA